AAACGGCGCCAAACAAAGCUCCAUGUGCAAGCGGGUCGAAGCAGCGCAGAGAAGAGUUUGGUGUGUUUUUAUUUCGUGACAGAAAAACAAGUCUCUGAAUGAAAACACAAACCUGCAGCGGAGAAGUUUAACUUGAAGAUGACGUGUUGGAUUUUGAGCUGAAAUAUCCACAGAAGAAGAAAAGACGAGGAAUAAAGAAGGAGGAGAAGAAGAAGAAAUCCCGGCGUUUAAAAUUUAAAGUCCGGAGGAGAGAACUCUGCGUUUAUUAAAGGAUGCUUCUCUCUCCUGCUGCUGUGUGACGAACCAAAGAUGGACAGAGAACACCAAGAAAGGAGAGAGGAGGAAGAGGAGGAGACGGAGGAGGAGAGGACAAGUGGACUGGGAGAGAAGGACAGAAUACUAAAAACUCCACCCAAGAGGAGAGAAGAGGAGGUAGACGAGGAGGAGGAGGAGGAGAUGAUGAAGGCAGGUGCCAAAGACAAAGAGAUUGGUGGACACACUCCGAUCUCUGCCUCCUCCUCCCUCACCUCCUUUCCUUUCCUCACCUCCUCUGUGUGCCGAGGAAGAGGAGGCGGAGGAGGAGGCGAGGACGGGGAGGAAGACGAGGUCAGAGUCGCCAUAGUCACCAUCGAGGAUGAGUCCUGUCCGUCCGAGCCUUUUGGCACGGAGACGACCAAUCAGAUCACACGGACAGAGGACGGAGGAGACGUAAUGAAGGAAGGAGAGACAGAAGGAGUGAAAAAGGAGGAGAAGGAUGAGGAGGAGGCAAACUGCGAUGAAAGAGAGGAUGAAGAGGAGGAGGAGAAGGCAGAAGUGACGUCACCAUCGCUUCACCUGCAGAAUCAGAUGAAGAGGAAGUUGGAUCAUGGUCCAGACGGCCGUCCGUUUCCUUCAGGGAAGAAGCACUGCAAGGGCAAUGGAUACCUCAGUCCUUCCAGUCUGGUUCAGGCCACCACACCAACAACAUUUGGUGACCUACGGCUGGCCAAUGGGCAUUCGGCUCAGCGGCGGCGAGUCACCUCCGGCCCGCCCCCCUCUGGCCUGCAGGACUGGCUUCAUACCUUCCAGAUGUGGAGCGGUCCUGAGAGGUUAUUGGCUCUGGAUGAGUUGAUUGACAGGUGUGAGACCAGUCAGGUGAAACACAUGAUGCAGGUCAUCGAGCCUCAGUUCCAGAGAGACUUCAUAUCCCUGCUGCCCAAAGAGUUAGCUCUGUACGUGCUGACCUUCCUGGCUCCCAGAGACCUGCUGCAGGCCGCUCAGACCUGCAGGUACUGGAGGAUCCUGGCUGAAGACAACCUGCUGUGGAGGGAGAAGUGCCGAGAAGAAGGUGUGUCAGAGUAUGCGUCAACUCGUCGUAGGAAGUGCUCACGGCCAGGUGUGGCGGUCAGUCCUUGGAAAUCGGCCUACAUUAGACAACACCGCAUAGAGAACAACUGGAGGAAGGGAGACACACGGGAGCCCAUGGUGUUGAAAGGUCACGAUGACCACGUGAUCACGUGCCUGCAGUUCAGUGGUGACCUCAUUGUCAGCGGCUCUGAUGACAACACGCUCAAAGUCUGGUCCGCCAUCACCGGCAAGUGUCUGCGGACGUUGACGGGUCACACUGGCGGCGUGUGGUGCAGUCAGAUGGCGGUCGCCACGGUGAUCAGCGGCUCCACCGACCGGACGCUGCGCGUGUGGGACGCCGAGAGCGGCGAGUGUGUCCACACGCUGUACGGACACACGUCCACUGUGCGCUGCAUGCAUCUCCACGGCAACCGGGUGGUGUCGGGCUCCCGGGACACGACGUUGCGCGUGUGGGACGUGUCAACGGGCCGCUGCGAGCACGUGCUGACGGGCCACGUGGCGGCGGUGCGCUGCGUUCAGUACGACGGGCGCCGCGUGGUGUCGGGCGGCUACGACUACAUGGUGAAGGUGUGGGACCCCGAGACGGAGGCGUGUCUGCACACGCUGCAGGGGCACACCAACAGAGUGUACUCACUGCAGUUUGAUGGUGUGUUCGUGGUGAGCGGCUCGUUGGACACGUCAAUCAGAGUCUGGGACGCAGAGACAGGUGGGUGUGUCCACACGCUGACGGGCCACCAAUCGCUGACCAGCGGCAUGGAGCUGCGUGACAACAUCCUUGUUUCCGGGAACGCCGACUCGACGGUCCGAGUGUGGGACGUGCGGACGGGACAGUGCCUCCACACACUGCAAGGUCCCAACAAGCACCAGUCGGCGGUGACGUGCCUGCAGUUCUGCAGAGGUUUGGUUCUGUCCAGCUCCGACGACGGGACGGUCAAACUGUGGGACCUGAAGACCGGAGCCUGGCUGCGAGACGUGGUGGCCCUGCAGAGCCGCGGAUCAGGUGGCGUCGUGUGGCGAAUCAGAGCGUCCGAUACUCGGCUGGUUUGUGCUGCCGGCAGCAGGAACGGGACAGAGGAGACCAAACUGCUGGUGCUGGACUUCGACCUGGACGACAAGAAGAAGGAGACGGAGUGAGGAAUGAAACAAAGACGCCAUAAAAGAAGUUUGGAAGUUAAUUUCAUUUUGACCAAAGUCGUGGCUGGAUCCGCUUCCUGCAACUGUCAGACAGACAGGUAUGAAUGUCACAACACAUCCUGAUUGGCCGGCAGACAUAUGGACACAUUGGGAGGACAGCUGGACGGACAAAACAUCCACUAUGACCUGGAUACCCAAUGUGGAUGAUACAAAAAUGGCCAAAAUAUCAAAACUUUUGACAUCAUAUAGCUGCACUGACAUGGACGACGCCAUAUUGGACGCCACAAUCACCCAAAGGACCAUCGCAAACAUGGCGACAAAUGAAUGUUUUUGCCGCUUUGACGGACAGAAACAAGGAUGUACGUUCUUUUCUACGACACACGGUGAAUGUUUGACAAACAGACAGACAGACGGAUACGUGCUGAUCAAAAACAAUUCAGAUGGAUGUUCAUGGAUGGAUGGUUGAAUGUAACCGAUGGAGGGACGAGGGCAUUGACUUCUAUUGCUGCUGAACCAAUGAGGAGCUCGACAACGCCGAUAAACAUACCAAUCCAAAUGUACCAAAUCUUGAAGGCCAGAGACACGCGGGCAACUUCUUGAGGCAAUGGGACGGGCAAUGUUGCUUUGAAUCAGUAUUGUUUUCAUACCAGCAGCCAACCUACUGCGGCUUAUUAGGGCCACUGUAGGUUAAAAAAAAAUUAGAAAUUUAAUAAAAAGCAGAGCAGGGCACCGGGGUAAUAUUCAGAGAGAAACCUCAGAAUUUCAAAGAUUUAAGUUGAAAAUUCACAAGAAAAAUCAACAGAAUUUACAAGACAAACUGUAGUGAGGAAUUUGUGUUGGAUGAAUGAGUCAAGCACAGGACUUUCACCCAGGGGACCAGGGUUUGUGUCCCAUGUGAGCCAACAUUGGCUUUUUAUUUUCAGUUUUUGGGAUGUAUAAAGCCGCUGAAUGCACACUGUUUACACAAAACUCAGCUGAAUAGCUGAACAGACUCGUUGGUUGUAACGCCAGUGUCUUGAAUGAUGAAUUUCAAACAAAUGUCUCGUCUAGACGUUGCCAGGAUUCGCUGUUUACAGGUGGAGUAAAGCGAUGUGGUUCCUUGACAAAAAACAAAAGAACAAACACUAUUUUUUCCAAGUAAAUUUACCGCUUUAAUUUCAGAGAAUAUUCAAUAUUUUCUCAUAAAUUUACUUUGAUCUUAAAAAUUCUUCUUUAUUUCUCACGAAUUUAUGAUUUUAUAAUCUCAGAAUAUUCAAAGUCCUUUAUGGUAAAUUUGUUUUUAAUUUACGACAUAAAUCUUGGAUAUUUUUAUGCAGAUUUAUGACUUGACAAUCUCAGAUAAUAUUUGAGGUUUUUUUCUCGUAAAUUUUACAACUUAAAACCCAGAAAUUUGUUUGUUUGUUUUCUUAAAUAUAUCUCUUUAUAAUCUCAGAGAAUAUUUGUUUAGUUCAGUGUUGAAAAUUUGUUUUUGUUUUUUAUUACAAAUUUACAGCUUUAAUCUUGGACAAUAUCAACGUUUUUUUCUCAGAAAUUUAAGAUAAAAACUUUAAAUUUACGAGUGUUGUCAAAUUUAUGACUUUCAGAGAAUAUAAAAAUAUUUUCUCGUAAAUUUUAGAUUUUUUUUUCCCCUCAUUAAUUUACCACUUAAAUCUCACAGAAUAUUCAGGGUUGUUUUUUUCUGAUUAAUUUACGACUUUGAUCUUAAAGAUUCUUCUUUUUUCUCACCAAUUUAUGAUUUUAUAAUCUCCGAGAGUAUUCAAAUUCUUUUAUGGUAAAUUUGUGAGUUUUGAAUUUAUGAUACAAAUCUUGGACAGCCACAGUUUUUUCAUGCACAUUUAUGAUUUUAUAAUCUCAACCACUUUAAACCAGGAAAUAAUUCAUUUGUUUUUUGUUUUGCAAAUUUAUCACUUUAUAAUCUCAGAGAUUUUAAGUUUUGUGUUAUAAAUUUGUGAUUUUUUUCUCGUAAAUUUACGACUCAAACUUGAAAUUUCUUAAUUUUUUUGUCACAAAUUUAUGAAUUUAUAAUCUUAGCAAUUAUUAAAAAAAAUUUCAUGUAUUUUUUUCAUUUUUUGUUUCCCAUAAAUUUACCACUUUAAUCUCAGAGAAUAUCCAAAUUAUUUUCUGGUAAAUUUACGACUUUAAUGUUGAAAACUCUGAGCUGUCUGUGACUGUUACUCCUCCCCUGGCUCAGUUUAAUUUUAGUUAAAAAAAUGUUUUACCUACGAUUGCCCUAAUACACCAUCGUACUGUCAUAGCAGGCAUUUUUCUGUUGGCAUUGUUUUUUUACAUAGCUGCCCGUGAAGUUGCCCGUCUCCGUUGCCUCUGCACGUCCUUAAUGUGUGUCGGCCCUGCAGUACUGUAACAUAUGUUUGUGAGCCGAUGGCGGCGCAGGAAACGCUGGCCGUUAUCUCAACUGGUGAAACCGUGAAAGUGGCUGGAGUGAAAGUUUCCCAUCCAGCAGAGAGGAGAGGACUGAAGUGGAAACCAGUAUAAUCCAGCCACAACCAGAGUCUUACAUCUGCAAACCAAACCCUCGCUUUGAUUCAAGCUUCACAGCCGCCUGUUUUGAAGGUUAAAAAAACAUUAUUUUAAAAGCAGAGGAGGAUUAAUGUAAUCACUCAAAGCUGCUCGUCACCUCUAUAAAACCUUUACAAGUGCACUGCACAUUAUCACUCACAUGUUUCAGUGAUUCCCACUGCAGUUUGGCUCAAAAUGCAAAUCCUCAGUCUGCGUGUUUGUGCCAAAGUGAAAGUAAAGACAGAAAACGUGCCAUCGUUAAUGCUGUUAGUAACACCUGAGUUUUUGCUGCUGACGAGCCAAAGAACACAGUGCAGAUCUGUAGGCUUACCGAACACUAAAUCACCCGUACACUCAGCUAGUUUCAAUCAGUAAUCAGGCUUUUCCUUAAACAUGUUGUAGUUUGUCUUGCUAAAUGUAAAAUAAGACACUUUUUAUUGCAAGAAACUGAAAUUAAAAUCAGAAAAAAUAGCUUUAAUGAACCAACUUUACUUUUAAGCGGUUUCUUCUAAUCAGUGAUUCUUGUUCAAAUUUUUCUCAUAAUUUUUCUCUACAGCCCAGAAAAUUGCAGGAAGAUCAAUAUGCAGAAAGAUUAGCGUAGCAAAGAAAGGACAUUUAAUUAAUCAGCAAUUUAUUUAUGAAGUUUAAUCACUACUGAAUACUUCAAGCUGAACUCUACCACUGCAUUUACAUCAUUUUAGAUUUUCAAAAGGGUAAUUUCAGGUUUCACCAUUUCAAAAAAAUUUCGGAUUGUAGUUCACAAUAUGAAAUAUAGAAAUUGUACUUCCUUUGUCCCUUCUGUGCUUCCAUAGCCGGAGUUUGAGUCAUCAGAUUUUAAUCAAAAUCUGUAAAUGGUCGCGUGUCUCCCUCAGCUUAUUAACAACUCAUGAACUCCCUUUUUUCUGCCAUUAAUGUCCGAAUUUAGCUCAUAAUUAAAUUGUAAUUUAGCAAGAAAAAAAAAUCAACAUUUAAAAAAGACUAAGGAAGCACAGAAAAAGCCAUUUAAUGACCACUUAAUUGUGAAAUUUAAUCACAACUAAAUAAUGUUGAAUAGCAUUAAUAUUUAAGUUUAAAAAAAACAUCUGAAUUUUUCUGUUAUUUUUUUUUUAUUUCAUUUCAUUCAGUUAUAUUUCACAAUAUACAAAAAAAAAAAAAAAAAAAGAA